AACGACGCCUCUUUAUUCGCCGUCCCCUGGUUCCUCCUCUGCGCCAACAGUCUCAAAGGAUCCGUGGGAGGAACGAAGGAGAGAGAGAGAGGGGUCAUGGCGUCUUUAGCAUUUUCUUCGGCGACGACUACGAAAGCUUCGUCAAAGCCCGGACCUUUGUUUUUGCUCCCUCCCAAUCGGCUCAAAGUUGAAGCCGUCGGCUUCUCCGAUUUGCCGGAGAGACCGAGAAUCUCUCUGCGUCACGGAAGCAACCAAGGACACAGGAUAUCCUCCCAGUUUCCGCCAAAGACAUCAGUAGUCUCGAAACAAUCAACCGAGGUCGAGGUCAACAUGAAUACUGAGGACUGUUUGAAGGUUAUGAUAUCUGGAGCACCCGCAUCUGGGAAGGGAACACAAUGCGAGCUUAUCAAAAACAAAUAUGGGUUGGUUCAUAUAGCUGCAGGAGAUUUGCUCAGGGAAGAAAUUGCAGCUGGAACAGAAAAGGGGAAACGUGCUAAAGAAUAUAUGGAGAAGGGAUUGUUAGUCCCGAGUGAAAUAGUUGUUAUGAUGGUGAAAGACAGACUUCUCCAGCCAGAUGCUCAAGAAAAAGGAUGGCUCUUAGAUGGAUACCCAAGGAGCUUAGAACAAGCAAAAGCAUUAGAAGAACUUGGAAUUAGGCCUGACAUUUUUAUUCUACUGGAUGUUUCUGAAGAAAACCUCGUUGAAAGAGUUGUCGGCAGAAGACUCGAUCCUGAAACUGGGAAAAUAUACCACCUGAAAUACUCUCCGCCUGAGAAUGAAGAAAUCGCAGCAAGACUUACACAGCGUUUUGAUGAUACAGAGGAAAAGGUAAAACUGAGGUUGCAGACUCAUCACCAAAAUGUUGAAGACGUACUUUCAACAUAUGAAGACGUCAUAGUCAGGAUCAAAGGAGAUGCUGCAAAAGAAAAUGUAUUUGCUGAAAUAGACAAGGUAUUGUCUUCAGUAAAAGAGAAGAAAUCACAAGCAAGCAUGGACUCCAAGGCUGCUGCUGUGUAGCUGAUUAGGGGACUUGUUGAGGGAAAGUGGAAUUGUGUGGCAGAAGAGCUAAACAUUCCGAGGAGGCACCUACUGAAAUUGUUGUUGUUUAUUAAUACAUGUUUUUCACAUUUUUGUCAGUUAAAAACUCAUAUUUCAUUAAAUAACUGGGUUCCCCCUAUCUUUUCUUUAUGCUUGCUUAAACUCAUAGAAGUUAGUUUUGAGUUGUAUGCAUUGGAAUGUUUGAAGUUUAAAUGAUAAUUCAUUCUAAUUAGCUUCAUUUACUAUUCCGUGA